AUGAGGCAGUCGACGCCCAUUCUCUGGGUUGUCCAGGCUUGUCUAAUAUGGCUGACAUUGGUAUCUGCUUCACCUCUCAUUUCUCAUGAUGAUCUGGUGUCUCCGGACUCCGAUGUCUCUGCGCUUCAGUCGCGUGACGCAAAGCCAUUUCCGCUUCGAAUUCUACCGCUCGGUGCUUCAAUUACCAUGGGGUAUAAAUCGGCAGAUGGGAAUGGAUAUCGGAAAUGGCUUCGACAGCAAUUGCGCUAUGCUGGGUGGGAGGUUGACAUGGUUGGCACCAUGAAAAGUGGUACCAUGCAUGAUAAUGUGAGUCACUCGGUUCUCCCUCUGUCUCGCUUUCGAAGAAUAUAUUUUGACUCCUCCCAGGACCACGAUGGGCACAUCGGCUGGAGAAUCGAUCAAAUAGCUUCUCACGCCAAGGAGAUCAUCCCACAACAACCUAAUGUAAUUCUUAUCAACGCUGGUACAAAUGAUGCUAUACAGAAGUACAAAGUAGACACCGCAGGCAAGCGGAUGGACUCCCUCCUAACAUACCUCUUCGACAACAUCCCCAACACGACCAUCAUCCUAUCGACCCUCACAUUCAACGGAAAGCAACCCCAAUUGAGCACAAAGAUCAGCACGCAAUACCUAGAACUUGCAGCGAAACGCCGAGCACGAAAUGAAAGCCUCGUCGUAGCUGAUAUGAGCACCUUCAUUCAGUGGAAGCAACUCGUGGAUAAGAUUCAUCCGACAGCCGCUGGCUACGAGGAAAUGGCAUCGGUGUGGUGGGCGGCCAUUCAACAAGCUGAGAAAGAAGGCUUUCUCAAAGCGCCAAAGAGUACAUCUACGAAUAAUGCUACUAUCAGCAAGGCUCGUGAAAAGGACCUCGAUGAUAGUACGGCUGAUCCGAGUCUGCCUGCAUACACAGCCCCGCCUCAGCCGACGAUAAAAAGUAGUAACGGCUCGCCUCGAUCCCGGUCAUGGCAUCUCUGGCUUGUUGCAUUCCAGAUGAUUAUGAUGUGCAUUGGUUUCUCUUGUGUAUAA